AUGUCCAACGCCGACUUGACCCAUAUUGAAUCUGUGCUCACCGACGUGGCUCUCAAGGCCGGAGCUAUUAUCAAGGAAAAGACCGGAACCGCAGUCUUUGAGGAUAAGAAGAAUGCCGUGGAUCUCGUUACGGAAACCGACAAGGCCGUGGAAGACAUGAUUCGAGAGAAGCUGUCAACAGCUUUCCCCGAUUUCAAGUUCAUGGGCGAGGAGUCCUUCUCCGGGGGCGACAAUGCUGCUCUGUCGGACGCCCCCACCUUCAUUGUGGACCCUAUUGACGGUACCACCAACUUCAUCCACGGAUUCCCUUACGCCUGCACUUCUCUGGGCCUGUCAAUUGACAAGGAGCCCGUGGUUGGAGUCAUCUACAACCCCUUCCUGGACCAUUUGUACACCGGAGUCAAGGAUAAGGGCUCCUACCUCAUCACCAACGCUGCCACCGACUCCCCUAUCAAGGCUGCUCUUCCCCUCAAAAAGCCUGCCCAAAAACUUACUCUGCAGUCCUCAAUCAUUGGAAUUGAGUGGGGCUCCGACCGUGUGGGCAACAACUUUGACACCAAGUGUGCCACCUUCCGAAACCUAUCUGGAGGCCAUGACGGUGCCGGAUUCUGCCACGGCUUCCGAUCUCUCGGUUCCGCCGCCAUGAACUUUUCGGCUGUCGCCGCAGGCUACCUGGAUGCCUACUGGGAGGGCGGCUGCUGGGCCUGGGACGUGUGUGCCGGCUGGGUCAUCCUUAAGGAGGCAGGAGGCUUUGUUGCUGGGGGCAACAAGGGAGUCUGGAACCCUCCCGUGGACUCUCGAAAGUAUCUUGCUGUGCGAUCUGCCCCCGAGGCCGAACAAAAGGCUUUCGUUGAGGAGUUCUGGGGCCAGAUUGACGGUUCUCUCGAGUACGACCCCUGA